CGUAACAUAUACCGGAAGUUCAACAAGCCCAAAUUACAUUAGCCGUCUCAUUUGUCAUUUCAUUGGCUAAACAACCGGUUUUGUAUGCCAUGUCGGUCACGCAGACGAACAUGUCUAAACUACAUCACUUGAGGACGUUUGUCAACGAGCGACUGACGGCCGCCGCUGAAGAAAUAUUUGGUGUUUUUGAGAAAACUAUCGUCGCCUACGAAGAAGAGAUGGACCGUCAACGCAGGCUUCUGGACAUCGCCUGCAGACCCGCUGGUCUUUCACAGAGGACAGAGUCUUCAGAGGGAGGAUUGUGUACUCAGGAGAGCAUCGCCAGUGUGGAGCAGGAGCAGCAAGAAGAGCCUUUGCACAUUAAAGUGGAACAAGAGGAGCAUUUCUCAAACUGUGCAGUCUGGCCCCUGGUUUUGAACUUUGACCAGAAUGAAUGCGAAGCGGACAAAGACACCACCGAUGCUACGGACAACGCAGACUUUGAUGCGUCGGAACCGAGCAGCGAUAAUCAAAUCGUCUUUCGUGGCUAUUAUCCAGAAAAUAACCCAGAUUACAUCAGCGAAAACAUGGCAUCUACAUCUGCAAGGAGCAUUAAGACGGAACAUCACGGGCAGGCGGACAGUUCAUUCAACCUGGAGAACACAUUGUCAGCCAUCAACCCUCAGGCCCGACUUUUUGACCAGCCUUUUCAUGGCAGUGGCUUCCACACAGAGUCAGUCAUGUACGCACAAGCCAAGCCUUUCGUUUGCGACGUCUGCGGAAAGGGAUUUGGCUUCAAGCGUUAUCUGGCGCAGCACAUGAUCACCCACUCGGCGGAGAAGCCGUAUGCUUGCAGCAAGUGUCGCAAGACCUUCCGGCGGAUGCAGGCGCUGCAGAUACACAUGCGGUGUCACACUGGCGAGAAGCCGUAUUUCUGCAAAACCUGCGGGAAGAGAUUCUGCCAGAGCUCGGCGCUCAGAGUUCAUCUCAGAGUCCACACGGGGGAGAAACCAUACUCCUGCAACACGUGCGGGACCGGAUUCAGUAGCCUGCCGGUGCUAAAAAACCACAUCAUGAGGGUCCACGAAGGCAACAUGCUGUACGUUGCCUCGUCUGGGGAGAGGAAUGCUAUUUUAUGGCCAAAUUAAAGUGAUGUAACUUGUGACCAGUUAGGAUUUUUCGAGAUUUUAUUUACAGUAAUCUCCGUGUAUACCAGACCAAACCUUUCCGCAAAUAGUGAAGAAAUGCGAGUGAUGUCCCCCAAAUGUUUAUAGUAGACUAUAUCAAUAGACCCUGUUAAGUAAAUUCAGUGAUUUGUUUUUAAAUAUAUUGUACAUGUUUGAAGAUAAUUGCUGAAAACAUGCAAAGACUGAGAAUUAUGUAAACUCAAAUUCCAACUAAGUUGGGACAUUGUGUUAAACAUAAAUAAAAACAGAAUACAAUGAUUUGUAAAGACAAAAUAUUUAAUGUUCAAACUGAUCAACUUUAUUGUUUUUAGCAAAUAAUCAUUAACUUAGAUUUUUAUGGCUCCAACAUGUUCCAAAAAGCUGGGACAAGGUCAUGUUUACCACUGUGUUACAUCACCUUUUCUUUUAACAAGAUUCAAUAAAUGUUUGGGAACUGAGGGCACUAAUUGUUGAAGCUUUGUUGGUGGAAUUCUUUCCCAUUCUUGCUUGAUGUACAGCUUCAGCUGUUCAACAGUUCGGGGUCUCCGUUGUCGUAUUUUAGGCUUCAUAACGCGCCACAUAUUUUCAAUGGGAGACAGGUCUGGACUGCAGGCAGGCCAGUCUAGUACCCGCACUCUUACUACGAAGCCACGCUGUUGUAACAGGUACAGAAUGUGGUUUGUAGCGCCGAACUGUAUUUACUGACAUUGAUUUUCUGAAGUGUUCCUGAGCCCAUGUGGUGAUAUCCUUUACACAUUGAUGUCAUAUUUUGAUGCAGUGCCGCCUGAGGGAUCGAAGGUCACGGGCAUUCAAUGUUGGUUUUCAGCCUUGCCGCUUACAUGCAACGAUUUCUCCAGAUUCUCUGAACCUUUUGAUGAUAUUAUGGACCCUAGAUGAUGAAAUCCCUAAAUUCCUUGCAGUUGUACAUUGAGGAACAUUGUCCUUAAACUGUUCGACUAUUUUCUCACGCACCCGUUCACAAAGAAGUCAACCUCGCCCCAUCUUUGCUUGUGAAUGACUGAGCAAUUCAGGGAAACUCCUUUUAUACCCAAUCAUGGCACCCACCUGUUCCCAAUUAGCCUGUUCACCUGUGGGAUGUUCCAAACAGGUGUUUGAUGAGCAUUCCUUUCUCAGUCUUUUUUGCCACCUGUCCCAGCUUUUUUGGAAUGUGUUGAAGCCAUACAUUUCUACAUUGAUUAUUUGCAAAAAAUUAUAAUGUUUAUCAGUUUGAACAUUAAAUAUCUUGUCUUUAUAGUGUAUUCAAUUAAAUAUAGGUUGAACAUGAUUUUCAAAUCAUUGUAUUCUAUUUUUAUUUAUGUUGAACACAAAGUCCCAACUUCACUGGAAUUGGGGUUGUAUUGCACAAUUGUGGAGCUCUAGGGUUAAACAGCUUUUUACCAUUUCAGUUGUCCUUAUUUUUUGGGUGUAACUUAAACACAGCCCAGUGAUGCACUUGGGACCCAGCAUGAGUUGCCCCUCCCCCACUAAAUAAGAACUUAAGCACCUUCGUUUGCAUCAGCGGUUAUCCGGAGCAGUUGUGAUGUGCAGUUGGCUAGCUAGCUAUGCCUACACCCCGAAAAUGCAUCUUCUCUUCAGAUAGUACACUGACGUGGCUUUGUCAGCCGUGAAUGCGCGCACAUCACGGAGAGAAAGGCUGCAGGGGGAGGGGAGAAAAUGCCAGUUUUGAUAGCCAGCGUGUGGACCAGCGCUUCGAAUUGGGCCUGCUCUAAGGCCAAUUCAUACGUCUGCGUGCAGUCUGCGAACCGCUGCUCCCCAAGUGGUCCCACUCAUACUACAUUUCAGGGUUCAUGGUGUGUGCAUGAAUAAUCCAAAUGCCGGCCGGCCCUAUAAAAGCAAAAAGAAACUGCUCCUGUUUGUUGUAAUGUUUGGGAUAUUUCACAUCAGCAGUUUUGAGUCAUCAAGCUAUCUUUGUAAUAAUUUAGUAUAAAAAUGAGGAGAACGGUAGAUCUCUUAAAACAAGCACAAGGCGAAGCAGGUGCCAUUGUUAUUCUUAGUUGAUCUGGCGCAUGCGUGGUCAGCUUGCUUUAAAUUCAGUCCGUGCGGUCACAAAAAUUGGCCUGGUGUCUUCGCGGACAAGGGGGUGGGUGACAGUAUUUACGUCACAUGGAGCAACGCGCUCCCUGUGGACACACGGACGAGCAACGUUUGAAUUGGCCUUUCGUGCGCCUUGUUGUCAGCUGUAAGUUUGCGCAAGACAUGGAGCGAGAUGUGGAAGAGCGAGGAGGGGGAAAAUGAAAAAAGUCCGACGUGGACCAAGACUUUGCGUGGGCAUGAACACCCCAGACAACGACCCCGGUGGGAUAUAUUUUGCGGCUCAAACAUGUAGGGAAGUGUCGGCAUUCGAAAGUUGUUAUACAAAGUAGCAUCCAUUUUUCAGUGGGGCAUGGUCAUCAUUUGAAAGUGCAGACGAUUACUUGAUAUUUCCCGAUUUUGAAGCCUCAUUUUAUAUACUUGCCGGUUUUUUGUUUGUUUGUUUUAUUUAUUUAUUUUUUCCAUUCAUUCCAAUUUGGCAGGGUUUUCUGGUGUUACCAUAGCAAGUCACUCAUAUGGUAGCACCAGCAUGUACCCACUACACUAUCUGUGCAUAAAUAUACCGCAAGGUCUGACCUCAAAACUGUUAUUUUAAAUUCAUCUCACAACAUUACCCUUGAAAAAAAAUUGCUUACAGGUGAUUGGAUUUAGAAAAAAUGCACCCCAAUGCAAAUGAGGUGAAGACUCUUCAUAACAACCCUGGCUUAACUAAGUGCCACCCCAACAUACUUAGCUUGUCUCUCAGUCAAGAUGUAUCACUUCAACAUACUUCCUUGGACCAUUUACUGUAGUACUUUUCUAUUUAGACAGGGCUUUGGUGCCAUCUUGUAGCAUCUUUCAGAAAGAGCACAAAACCUGCGAAUAGCUGAGUGUAGCUUCCACAGAAAAAAGAAAAAAAAAACAUGAUGAGGCAAAUCCGCUAUAUGCAGAACGGCACGUGAGCAAACCCGGAAAACAGGUUAGCAGGCUUCCUGUGCAUGCUGCGCUAACGAGCAAGACUUCAAAACAUGACGUUGUUUUGAAGCUGAACUUGCCGUCCCCCCCCCCCUAAAAAAAAAAAUACAUCCUCUAAAGUGAAAUACAUGUAUAUAAUUUAUUUAUACAAAUAUAAUAUUGUGUAUGUAAACACAAGCCGAGCCUAAACAUCGAAUAUUGUUAUCUUUGGUAGCUCUGUGGUGACAUCGUGUGUUAAAAAAAGACAUUGUAGACAUAAACAUUUCCUACUGGUGCUAUGUCACGUUGCCAUUCACCCGAGCGAGGAGGAAGGUAGUAGGUUGCGCAUAUACUGGAUACUUGACUAGUGAACUGCAAAUAUGCAGGUGAUUACUCUUAAGUUAUUUUCUGAGGCAUUUUCGGACCUCCAAUCAAGUGCAGUACUCCGCAAGUACUGUAUGUAUUGUAUUACAUAUUUAUUUUUAGGGCAGCAUGGUGGAGUUAUGCUCAGCAAGUCUGCCUCACAGUCGAGAGGUUCUGGGUUCAAAUCUCUGUCCUGGUCUUUUUGUAUGGAGUUUGCAUGUUCUGUCUUUUUUUUUCUUCCUCUUCAGGUAUUCCUGCUUUAUUUAUUUUGUUUUUUUAUUUUUUUAGCCUAUUUUCACCAGUUGAGAUAAGCUACAUCUCUGUAAAUAGUAGGUCAAAAUAUUUUAUGUUGUGAAGAAACUAGUUUUUUUUUUUGGUCCAUGCAUUACCUGUAAAUGUUUUUUUUUUUUUUUUUUUUCUUUUCUUUCUUCUGUUCAAAUAAACUACCUCAAUGAUAAUGGUGGCUUGCAUACUAGGCUUCAAUAUAUGCUGUCAUUCAGGAUUGAAUUUUUUUUGCGUUAUUUUAUGAACAAAUAAUUCAGUUAAAAUAACUUAAGGGUGUUAAAGUUGGAUCAAAUGAAAUGCAGAACUGUUUGCAACAUGAAAAAUAGUACUUUCUGGUUCUCAAGCAGUGACUUUCAAAGGGGGACUUGUACCAUUUGUGGUACACUGGUUCCCUCUGGUGGUACACAAAAGAAUCACUGCCGCUUAGUUGUAUAGUUUCUUUUAAAACAUUUAGGUAAAUGUUUUUUGUUUGACUUUAAUGUGUGCUAGAUUUUAAUUGAAUCAUUGUUUGAUGACAGUUUUCUUCUAGAUUUAGGAUAAAUGUUCAUGUUUGAACUGCGUAAUGUUGCAGUGACAAUGUUAAAUAGAAAUAAAACCUUGUUUUCGAUGAA